AUGUGGCCCAAGCGGAGUUCAGUGCCAGCCGGCUCAACGAGCCUUAUGCUUCACCCCAUUCCUGCCGUGGUCGUCAGAGACACGGCUGGCGCGUACUGCGAGACUGAAGCCGCAUGCGUGCCAUUGUUGCGUAAAUACAGCGACGAGCGCCGGGUCCAGUGGAACUUCCUCGUAGAUGUGGCGGGCAACCUCUACGUGGACCGAGGCUGGGAGGCUGCCAGCAACGUGUCGUCCCGGCUGCAGGGCUGCAACAUAGCAGUAGCACUCGUGGGCAACUUCCAGGAACAAAAUGCUACCGACAGUAUGAUGAAAUCGCUGCGGCAACUGCUGGAAUUCGGUGUGAUCUCGGGUAGGCUGAAACCCGACUACCGACUCCUAUCGUACGGCCAGAUGGACUCUGUGAUCCCCGUUAAGAGUCCGGGAGACGGCGUAUUGAGAGUGAUAAACGGAUGGCCACAUCGGUGCAUGGCAGACUGUGACCUUGGCCGAGAAUGUCUUCACUCAACACGUAUAGUUAAGAACCGUUAG